AUGUUGAUAGGUGAUCCUGUCCCUUCCAGUAGUUUCGUUGCUGUUCGUGGCGGCGCCAGCAGCGAUAACUCUGUCACUGCUAAUGCUGGUGCCCCACAGCAUGUGAACGCCAGCUAUCCAAUCGAGGAAAAAAUAAUCACACCGCCGAGUUCUACCGUGAGGAAGCAACAGAAAAAGACGGUGGACACGCUCGAAUUCCAAGACUUGCUACAUCCGUUGUCUCCAGCACAUUCUUCACCCAUAGCUCCAAGCAGGGCUAAGAGACAGCGUUCAGACGGCUGCUCUCGUGCCAACGGGAACCUCUCUCUGUCUGAAAUUUUGUCCACUCUCGCGAACAAGAAACAGGGCGACUUCACAGACAAGAAACCACCGUACUCCUACGCUGUCCUGAUCUGCCUCGCCAUCUUACAGUCUGCAGAGGGGAAACUAACACUUUCGCAAAUCUACAAUUGGAUCACCACACAAUUCCCCUUCUACAAAUUGAAAGAUUCCAGUUGGCAGAAUUCCAUCAGGCAUAACUUGUCACUGAACGAGGCAUUUAUUAAAACUGACAAGUCUUGCGACGGGAAGGGUCAUUUUUGGGAGGUCAAACCUGAAUCUGCCCCGAAAUUCUUCAAGGGAGAGACAGCCGAUUACAACGAGAUUAGACAGAAAUUGGUAAGUUUGGACCUGAACACCCACGAGGACACCGGCACUGUAUCAAACGGGGUUAUUUUAAAUAGUACGCUAAAUGCUAAACCACAGCAGCAAAUGGCAGUUAUCAACAGCUCUCCUAACAAUGAAGCAAUGAUUUCUCACGACGACACUGAUGUUGAAAACUCGCCUGCAGGCAAAGUUCCAAGGAUUGAGAUUUCAAACCCAUUUAACGGUAGGGUGAACGGGCUGUUGCGAAGCUUCCAAAAUAAUGAUAUACUCUCCCUAAACCAACAGGCCAAUCCAUCACGCUUGGACCCACCCUACCUAAUGAAGAGAACGCAUACCGCCAUUGGAUUACAAAAUAUACCGUUCUCGGGCCUGACUACGGAACCGGUCGUGCCAAGCCACGAUUUCACCCCAGGUCUCCAUGAUAUACAUAACGGUAAUGAAUUGAAGUCCCCCCAGAAUUUGAAGAGGUACAUAUGUUCCUUUAAUUCAAGCUUCGAGAUGUCCCCACGAGGGUCAAAACCAGAUUCUGCGUCUUUCAUAGAGACUUUCGAAGACGUUCUUGGUGGCAGUACACCGAGCAAGAGCAAUUCUGCUGGCAGUAAUUCCUCAAAGCUCCACUCUGUCAUGGACACAAAUGAAUUUGAAGCUACACCCGGGGCAGUAUCACGUCCAUCUGGCGCUGGAUCACAUCCACAACCGUCGUUGUUGGCCAUUCCCAAUCCUAACGAAAUUUUACAAACACCAGAAUUAAAGAGGUCCCACAGUAUGGAUAAAACACCAAUAAGGUUUGCCAAUGCCACACCGAGGGACACACACGACUCCUGCUUCAAGAAAUGGCAAACGCCCUCGCACCUCUUCGAAGACAUAUAUUUGUCCCCCAUUUUCAAAGCUAUGGGCAAAUCGGGGAAAGUGACGGCUACCCCAGGUGGUACUAUCACGAAAUCGCUAUCUCCUCGCAAAUUAUCAGCGCCGACACUGACCCACGCAGAAGACCACGGCAUCAAAUCGAAGUUACCGUCAGCUGGGUUGUUUGGUGUAGACGUGUACUCUGUGUGGAAAAGAGCUACUGGGAACGUGAAGGAGACACAAAACAACAAAACGACUGAUAGUCAAGCCAAUAGGGAGACAUCAGGGGAAGGCGGAUCUUUGAAUUGUUAG